GGUCACCUGCCGCACCCAAGCUGCCGGCUGCAUGGUGAGAGGACUGCUUUGCUUCUCCCCCCAACCCUGGAUGCCUCAGUUUCCCUUUCUGAGAGAGGCAGGGAUGCAGGAAGUGAGGAGCUACAGGGACCACAGGACGUGUGGGCCACAUGCAGACACCGUGCGCCUCUGACAGGAUCAAUCACUCUAAGCCUGUCUGAGGAGCUCUGGGCUUAGGAACAGCUGUGAAAGCCUCCUUUGUGCCUGAGGAGAAUGAGCCGCGAGAGGACAGGGGGCCCUGGCCCGGGGAACCCCUUGGGCCCCGGCUCCUGAGAUCAACAUCAGCAGGGAGGACCCCCAGCCUGGCCCCCGAGGCCCACCCAGGCCUGGUGCCUACUUUGUGCCAUGGGAACAGUCCAGGGGAAGAAGAAAGAAUACUCUCCUCAGGCCAUAUUUCAUCAUGAACAUGAGAAGCAGAGACUAAAUGGCCAAGCGUCAAUGUACUCGGAGAUCCAGAGGGAGCGGGCAGACAUCGGGGGCCUGAUGGCCCGGCCCGAGUACAGAGAGUGGAACCCAGAGCUCAUCAAGCCCAAGAAGCUGCUGAACCCUGUGAAGGCAUCCCGGAGCCACCAAGAGCUGCACCGAGAGCUGCUCAUGAACCACAGAAGGGGCCUGGGCGUGGACAGCAAGCCGGAGCUGCAGCGAGUCCUGGAGCACCGCAGGCGGAACCAGCUCAUCAAGAAGAAGAAGGAAGAGCUAGAAGCCAAGCGGCUGCAGUGCCCCUUUGAGCAGGAGUUGCUGAGACGGCAGCAGAGGCUGAACCAGCUGGAAAAACCACCAGAAAAGGAAGAGGAACACGCCCCCGAAUUUAUCAAAGUCAGGGAAAACCUGCGGAGAAUCGCCACGCUGACCAGUGAAGAGAGAGCGCUGUAGAGCAGGCUGUUGAAACUCCAGCCGGCGCCGCCCACCCCUGGCCCCCACACCCUCCUCCAGCCCUUCUGUAUCUAGCAUUCCUGGCCCCAAGCCUGGGGACUUCUGAGAUGUUCAUGCUUGCUCUUGUAAAAAUGCCCCAGAGAGCCUGGGCCCUCCUUCCCGCCCACCAAAAGCUGGGACCCAGGCUUUUCCUUCUCAGCACUCACUGCUUCUGCUCCAAGAGGAAGCUACUGCGAGGGAAACUUUCCCAAAGCACUUCUCCUUGAAGGGGCUUCUGAGCUCUAGGGAGAUCUUUCUGGCAGAAUUGAAUAAGGAGAGACAGGCACCUCUUUGGCCUGACCAGCCCUCCAUUUUGCCCAGGCCCCAUGGGGCCCUGCUUCUCUGGGCAGCCCAGCUCCCAGGUCUCAGAAAACGUCCUUGACUGGGGUUUUACCUGCAGCCAGGUGUGGGGCAGCUAAGUAGAGCAUCUCAGAACACCUGCCUUGAAAGCCAGCUGAGGGGAAUAUGGUUCAAGGGUAGCUGUCCUCGGUGAUGAAGGGCAGGGUAGCCCACAAGGUGGCCUUGGGGGUCAUGUGAUGCCAGGUUGCAAGAGUACUAACCAGGGCGGCCUCUUAGAGUUUGCCAGCUUCCCCCACUUCCCCCACACCCAUGCUUUUGUUUUCUCCUCUCCGCAGCCUCCCUGCCUGGGCCUUGUAACCACAUCUAACCAGGGCUGCAGCCUUCCUGCUCCCAGAAGUCUAGAACAGUGCUUCUCAAACUUUAUUGUGCCUACAAAUCACUGGGGAUCUUGUUACAAUACGGCUUCCGACUCAGUAGAUAUGGGGUGGGGGCUGGGACUCUGCAUGUCUCACAAGCUCCUAGGCUGCUGGUCUGACCCCUAGGCCGCAGGCUCGAGCAGCCAGGGGCUGGUAAAUACUGGAAACAUCAUCCCUGAAGCCACCUCUGCCCCCCCAAUUGCCAUGAACCUUUGCCCUGGGGGUUCCCUACCCUGACUGUGGAGCCCCGAGGGCUCCUUAUUGCCCACCCCAUUCCAGGGACCCCAGGCCUGGGAAGACAUUUGCCUAGCAAAUUGUGUCGGUUAUAUAACUGUCGUUGUCACUGGAGAUGUAUAUAAUUGCCAAUCUGCAUUUUCUUACCACGUUGUUUUGAUGUAAUUCUGGCCAAAAAAAAAAAAAAAAAAAGAUUGUUUCUGUUUUACCUUUUCCUGAAGCCUAUGGAGAGCAAAUAUACAGUGAUUUCCAGUGGGCUUCUGGAAAUACAAACCGUGGUUUGAAGACCCCACUGCUACCCUUACAGACUGGCUCCUUUGAGUCCCCAUUUCCAGCCUCUGCGCCCACUCUCUGUGUGGUCUCUACCACCCAAACCGGCCUCAGUGAACUCACCUGUUCUUCCUAAAAAUCCCUCCCCAUACGAGACAAAAUGUUUUAACCUUUUGCCUCUAUCCCAUUCUGAAAGAUUUAUAGAAUAAACCAGCCCUGCUUUUCCCUGC